AUGGACAAAUUUAUAAUUAAAAAAGUUUCAACUUCGGUUAACACGAGCACUGAUGGCUCCACUGAUUUGUCGUUACCGUCUUCAUCAACAAUUAAUGAUAAAACAGUAAAGCGUCGUAAGUAUAAAGACAACUAUUUAAAUUUCGGAUUUACGUUUAUUGGUGAUGAUAAUAAUCAAAUACCUCAGUGUAUUGUAUGUGGCGUAACUUUAUCAAACGAGUCUAUGGUACCAAAUAAAUUAAAAAGACAUUUAGAUCAAAAUCAUAGUCAUAUUAAAAAAAAACCACAUACCAUUGGAGAAGAAUUGAUUUUACCAGCUUGUAAAGAAAUUGUUGAUGUCAUGUUUGGUAAAGAAGCAGCUGAACAAAUUUCAAACAUACCACUGUCAAAUGAUACUGUUCGUCGAAGAAUAAUAACAAUGUCGGAGGAUAUUGUAAAAAAUGUAAAUGAGAUAUUACAAAAAGAUAAAGAAUUCGCAUUACAACUUGAUGAAAGUACCGAUGUUUCUGGUAAAUCUCAAUUAAUUUCUUUCAUACGAUUUGUCAAUGAGGAAAAAAUAAUUAAACAAUUUUUAUUUUGCCGUGAAUUGCAAACUACAACAACUGGAGUUGAUGUUUUCAAUGCUGUUGAUAAUUAUUUCGAAGAAAAUAAUAUGGUAUGGUCGAACUGCAUUUCAAUUUGCACAGAUGGUGCAGCGGCGAUGACUGGCCGAUUUAAAGGAUUUCUGACUCUCGCGAAAAAUAAAAAACCUAAUUUAAUAACAAUUCACUGUUUUUUACACCGUGAAGCUCUUAUGGUAAAAAGUUCGGAUGGAGGAGAAUUAAGUGAUGUUCUCAAAACUGUCAUUGAAAUGAUUAACUAUAAUAAAAAACGACCAGUAAAAUGUAGAAUAUUUGAAGAAUUAUGUAAAAAUAUCGGUACAGAACACACUACUUUGUUGUAUCAUACUGAAAUACAUUGGCUUUCUAGGGGUAAAAUAUUAAAUCGUGUAUUGGAACUUCAAGAUCAAUUACAAAUUUUUUUUGAAGCUGAAAACAUAAAUAAUUAUGCAAAUAAAAUUGAUGAUCAAAUGUGGUGUGCUAAAUUAGCUUACCUUGCUGAUAUUUUUCAAAAACUAAAUGUUUUAAAUUCGAGUAUGCAAGGUCGUAAAGAAAACAUAAUUUCAACAAGUGAUAAAAUGGAAAGUUUCAAAAAAAAAAUUAAUUUAUGGUUAUCAUGCAUAAAAAAUGAUGAUUUUUCAUGCUUUUCUUCAGUUGAAGAAUCAAAAAUCCAUUUAAGCAUAAAUCAAAAAACGGAAUUAAAAAAUAUAAUGUACGAACAUUUAUUGACACUUUCUCGAAAUUUAAAGAGUUAUUUUCCAUCACUUCUAACAACUGAAAUACAGUGGGUAGUUUCAUUAUAUGGUCCAUGUGGAGAAGAAAAUAUAAAAAAUGCAAACUUAUCUUCUACGGAAAAAGAACAAUUACUAGAAAUAUCAUCAGAUACCACGUUAAAAUCUAAAUUUUAUAUGUCUGAAAAUGAUUCAUUUUGGAUUUCUUUGCAAAACGAAUACCCCGAAGUGAGCAAAAAAGCGUUGCAAAUUUUGCUUCCUUUUUCAACAUCAUAUAUGUGUGAAUCAGCAUUUUCGAUAUUAAAAGUAACAAAAACCAAAAAAAGGUCAACGCUUAAAGAUAUUGAAAGUGAAUUACGCGUAAGUUUGUCAACAAUUCGCCCACGAAUUGAAGACCUAUGUUCAAUUCGCCAAUCACAAGUAUCGCACUGA